AUGUUUGAGGCAAUCAUGUUCUACUUUGCUGAACUCUUGAAAGUUCGAAAUUUGAAAAUGGACACAACUUGGAUGCGUUGUGAAGAUAGAUUGAGCGAUACUUAUGUAAACGGAGUUGACAGUUUUCUAGAAUUUGCUUUUAAGCACUCAGAACUAGAAGGUGCAAUUCCUUGUCCUUGUAAGAAAUGCAACAAUGUUUUCCACUGGCCUAGAGGUGAAGUCAGGGAUCAUUUAAUAAUUAAUGGGAUAGUCAAGGGAUACACGCGGUGGCUUUAUCAUGGAGAAUUUGCACCUAAAGAGAAAAACACUAACAGUGAAGUAAGACCAGAAAAAGUAAGAAAAGAGCGAGGUGAUGAUAUAUUUGAAAUGAUUUACGAUGCUGCUGGCCCUGAAAUCAUAGAUGAUUCCAGUGGGAAGUUUCAACAUGGUGAUGCUUCGGAGCCUACUUCAAAAAAUUUCAAAUUAUUGGAGGAUGCUGCACAACAACUUUAUCCUGGUUGUGAGACAUUCUCCAAGCUGUCACUGAUUGUGGAACUAUUCCAAAUCAAGUGUCUUUUUGGGAUAAGUGAUAAAGCAACUGAUAGCAUACUGAAGUUAAUUAAGCGAGCACUUCCUUCUGGUGAAAUUUUACCAGAGACAUUCUAUGGAGCAAAACAAUUGAUUAGAAAUUUAGGCCUUCGUUAUGAAAAAAUACAUGCUUGCGAGAAUGACUGCAUGUUAUUCUGGAAACAUAAUGCAAAAGCUGAAUCUUGCUCGGUUUGUGGUGAGUCUAGGUGGAAAUCAGUUGAAGGUCCAAAAACUAAUGGCAGUGCUCAAGGAAAGACCAAGAACAAAAUUCCUCGAAAAUUUUUACGUUACUUGCCCUUGAAACCAAGAUUACAAAGGUUGUUUAUGUCAUCAGAAAUUGCUUCAGACAUGACAUGGCAUCAUGAUCAGCGUUUGAAAGAUGGGGUUCUUAGACAUCCAGUAGACUAA